AUGCCGCCGCGGGCACGUCUCAACUCGGAUCCGCCGGAGCAGGCGCACGCCAGCUACCCGUCGUACACCGACGGCGCCGCCGAGCAGCCGUCGUACGCCGGCCCGUACGACCACUACGCCGAGCCGAGCUAUGCCGCGGCGCCGCACGACGUGUACGCCGCCGCGCCCGCCUAUCCGCCGCCGGCGCCGUACGGUGCUGCCGGGCGGCGCUCGAGCGACGGGCGCGAUCCGUUUUCGGGCGAGGGCGGCGACGCCCCGCUGCUGCCGCGCACGGGCAGCUACGCAUACGCGCCGGCGUCGGCGUUCGACGAGGACGGCCACCACGUGGGCCCGCAGUUUGUCGGCGGCUUUGCGCCCGACGAGGAGGACGACGAGGACGGCGGGGCGCCGCCGCGCCGCGGCCGCUUCGGCUCAGACGUCGGCGGCAGCCCGAUGCCCGGCGGCUUCCUCGAGGAGGGCGCUGCGCCGGGCAUCCGCUACGGCCGCAUCCCGCAGCGCGUGCCGCGCCGGUACAAGACGCUCAAGCGCGUCGAGCUGUACCACGGCAAUCUCGUGCUCGACUGUCCCGUGCCCGGGCGCCUGCUCGACCGCCUCAACGACCGCGAGAGCCGCGAGUUUACGCACAUGCGCUACACGGCCGCGACGUGCGACCCGGACGAGUUCAAGGACGAGCGCUACACGCUGCGCCAGGUGCUCUUCGACCCGCCGCGGCGGACGGAGCUAUUUAUUGUCCUGACGAUGUAUAACGAAGACGAGGAGCUCUUUACGCGCACCAUGCACGGCGUCAUGACGAACAUUGCGCAUCUGUGCACGCGCGAGCGCUCCAAGACGUGGGGCAAGGAGGGCUGGAAGAAGGUCGUGGUGUGCAUCGUCAGCGACGGGCGGAUGAAGAUCAACAGCCGCACUUUGAGUGUGCUCGCGGCGAUGGGCGUAUACCAGGAGGGCGUCGGCAAGAACGUCGUCAACGGCAAGCCCGUCACGGCGCACAUCUACGAGUACACCGCGCAGCUGUCCGUCGACCCGUCGCUCAAGUUCCGCGGGCGCGAGAAGGGCAUCAUGCCCGUGCAGAUCCUCUUCUGCUUGAAGGAGCGCAACCAGAAGAAGAUCAACUCGCAUCGCUGGUUCUUCAAUGCGUUCGGCUCCGUGCUGCAGCCCAACGUGUGCGUGCUGCUCGACGUCGGCACGAUGCCGCGCCCGAAGAGCAUCUACCACCUGUGGAAGGCGUUCGACAUCAAUUCGAACGUGGCGGGCGCGUGCGGCGAGAUCGUCGCGCUCAAGGGCAAGUACGGCCAGGGCAUCUUCAACCCGCUCGUCGCCGCGCAGAACUUUGAGUACAAGAUGUCGAACAUCCUCGACAAGCCGCUCGAGAGUGUCUUUGGCUUCAUCUCGGUGCUGCCGGGCGCCUUUUCCGCAUAUCGCUACAUCGCGCUCCAGAACGACACGACCGGGCAGGGCCCGCUCGCGAGCUACUUCAAGGGCGAGACGCUGCACGGCGGCAACGCCGACGCGGACAUCUUCCAGAGCAACAUGUACCUCGCCGAGGACCGCAUUCUGUGCUGGGAGCUGUGCUCGAAGCGCGACUCGGCGUGGGUGCUGCACUACGUCAAGUCGGCGCAGGCGGUGACGGACGUGCCGGACCAGGUGCCCGAGCUCAUCUCGCAGCGCCGGCGCUGGCUGAACGGCUCCUUUUUCGCGGGCAUCCACUCGAUUGUGCACUUUGCGUACAUCUACCGCUCGUCGCACUCGUUUUGGCGCAAGUUUUUCAUCCACAUUGAGCUGCUGUACCAGACGAUCCAGCUCCUCUUCUCGUGGUUCGGCAUGGCGAACUUCUACAUUGCCUUCUACAUCCUCACGCGCGCCGUGUCCGAGCUCGUGCCGGCGCUCACCAUCCCGAACAUCAUCCUGUCGUACAUCUACCUCGCGUUCAUCAUCUUUUGCUUUCUGCUCUCGAUGGGCAACCGCCCGGCGGGCAGCAAGUGGGGCUACACGCUGAGCAUGGUCGUGUUUGCCGUGGUGACGCUGUACAUGACGGCGGCGGCCAUCUACCUCGCCGUGCGCAGCAUCAUGGACGCGAGCAGCUCCGCCGACGGCGCCGAGUCGCUGCUGCGCAGCCAGAUCUUUGUCAACAUCGUCGUGUCGCUCGCGGCGACGUACGGCAUCUGGCUGAUUGCGAGCCUGCUGUUCUUUGAGCCGUGGCACAUGUUCACGUCGAUCAUCCAGUACCUGCUCAUGGCGCCGUCGUUUGUCAACGUCAUCAACAUCUACGCGUUCUGCAACGUGCACGACGUGUCGUGGGGCACCAAGGGCUCGGACAAGGUCGAGACGGACCUCGGCGUCGUCGGCAACGCCGGCGGCAAGAACACCGUCGACGUCGCGAUCCCGACGGACAGCAAGGACCUCAACUCGGCGUACGACGACGCCGUGCACGUGCUCUCGACGAAGGCGCCCGUCGAGGUGCGCACGGUCGAUGCCGAGACGAAGCAGAAGGACUACUACGCGACGAUCCGCACCAACGUCGUGCUCCUCUGGUCGCUCACCAACGCCGGCCUCGGCAUCGGCAUCCUCAACGUCGAGUCGAACCGCGUGCGCCUCACGUACAUGGCGUUUCUGCUCUACAGCGUCGCCGCGCUCGCGGGCAUCCGCCUCGUCGGCUGCAUCACGUAUCUCGUCAAGCGUCUCUUUGCCGGCGAGUAGUGGGAUGGGUGGCGGGAUGGAGGUG